AUGAGAUACCGCUGCAGGUGUCGCGGUGCCCUUGCGCUCCUGCCCGAGGCCUGUGUGACAUCACUGUGGCAGCGGGAGGAUGCCCUGACGUCACAGCGUCAUCAUGCUCUGGGAGACCGAAUGGGAUUGGGGGUGGGGGGAGUCCCAGUUGCCGGGAAGCUCGGCCCAGCUGUGCCCGCGGCCGCUGAGCGCCAGGCGCGGAAGCCCGAGAGCCUGCGCUCGAGCAGGCUGGGGAAGGGCCGGGAGCGCCACCGCCUGCGCCCGCCGCGCGGUCAGGCUGCCGGAGCUGGGGGAGCCCCACCCCGCUCCAAGCUGGAGAGCCCCCCGGCGGCCUGGCCUCUAAUUGUGAGAAAACUAGGCGCCCCAGGGAAGGUUCCACUUGUGGAGGGCGGACUCGGAUUUCUCCUCCUCGACUCUCUGGGCCUCCCAGGGCGCCCGCCCCCGCCAUUCCUGACAAGGCUUUAA